AUGUCAUGCCCACAGACAUUACGACAGGCAUUAGUCCUCACCGGGCUUGCGUUAUCCAGUAUGUCUGAUGGCUUCAUCUUUGGUCAAAUGUCAGGUAUGAUUAACGUCCUAAGAGAAGAUGACAGUCCAAUAUUCUUGUCGGAAGACGAUGUAUCUUGGAUAGGUGCCAUAACAGGAGUGUUGCAAUUUUUAGACAUAAAGUUAGCUGCCAAAAUGUUUUCUAUUAUAGGAUACCAUGGAGUAUUUUUCUGUCAUUCUGUUCUGGCUUUUGCAUUAGUCGUCACGGGACUAGCUUUAGCAAGUUUGUCUGAAGGCUACAUAUUCGGUCAGAUGUCGGGUAUGAUCAAUAUGCUCCGAGCAGAUGAUAGUCCCAUAACCUUGUCAGAAAAUGAGGUCUCCUGGAUUGAUCAAUAA